AUGGUAACUGCACUCACUUUAAAUCGUGUGUGUAAGGUGGUUGUGAUCCUCUCAACCAACCGUAAGGAUAAAUACGAUUGCGUGAAGAAGUACCUGUGUGUGGACUGUCCCACUCCAAGCCAGUGUGUGGUGGCUCACACCCUCAGCAGACCUCAGACCCUCAUGACCAUAGCCACAAAGAUCUCCUUGCAGAUGAACUGCAGGAUGGAAGGAGAGCCGUGGAGCGUCGAGAUCCCGUUGAAGCACCUGAUGAUGUUGGUAUCAACUGCUACCACAACAGUGCCGCAGGAAAGAGAUCCAUCGGUGCACUGGUGGCCAGCCUCAACCCGGGCAUGUCCAGCUGCGCUGAAGGCCUACUUCAAAUACAACGAAUGUUUGCCGUCACGCAUGGUGGUGUACCGAGACGGCGUGGGCGACGGCGUGCUGCUGAGCGUAGUCGACUACGAAGUGCCUCAGUUUACGCAGUCCAUCAAGGCCAUGGGUGAAGAUUCCGCACCCAAACUGACCGUGUUGGUGGUGAAGAAACGCAUCUCUUCCAGAUUCUUCGCUCUCCUUGACGCCAGACCGAGCAACCCUCCUCCCGGAACAGUCAUAGACGCCGAAGUCACGUGACCCGAGUGGUACGACUUCUUCAUCAUGAGUCACAAAGUGCGCUUCGGCAGUGUGGCCCCCACUCACUACAACGUGGUGUAUGACAGCAGUGUCCUCAAAUCAGAACACAUGCAGAGACUCACCUACAAACUCUGCCACAUGUAUUACAACUGGCAGGUGAAAGCCACACACACACACACACACACACACACACACACACACACGUUCAUACGGGAGGAGGGUUGCUCAGUCAACGAUUUUCAUUAUCGAUUAUUAUCAACUAUUAUGGAUUAGAUGUUGCAGCUCUAUUUGCAACACAUUAUACUAAGAAUUGUGUGGUAUUUGAAGAUGUUUGUUCAAGGUAAUGCAGUUAAUACCCAUUGCAGUUCUUUAUACUUCGGGGUUAUUACUCAGAUUAUAAAUGUAUUUGAGUGAGGACAUUUAUCACCUGUGUGCUUUUUCUGCAUUGUUAUUAGCAUAUGUACUGUAUGAUUUAGUAAAAUAAUCAUUAGCCAUUACGUUGUU